AUGGCCAUUUCCUCAUCAUCUAUAGAGACCAUUGAUGGAGGAAAUAGCACAUUAUCACCACUUAGGGAUGUAUUCAUUGCUGAUGGACAACUAAUAUCUGGAGUAGUGGGGGCGCAUUAUUAUGUGGCCCCUGAGGUAGUAGCUGGUGGACAUUAUGAUGAAAAGGGUGAUGUGUGGAGUGCUGGUGUGAUCUUGUACAUAAUGCUGGCUGGAUUUUCAUCAUUCUCUGGUGAUUCAGCCCCAGAGAUUUUCGAGGCGUUCUCAGGGCAAAUAGGGAAAGAGAGACGUAUAACAUUAUGGAGUGCUAGUAUGAGUUUAAACAUUAUGCAUCUACAAGGCCCCAAAGUCCUUCAGAUAUAUUCUGUUAGAGAUAUAGGUAAGAGCAAUAUGGCUGAGAGUUUAGAAAAUUCGAGUAAUAGGUGCCUGCUGAGAUUCAACCUUACUGAUGACCAAACUGAAAUAGUUGCCGUAGAGUAUUCUCAUCUGUCAUCAAUUCCAGAUGACGUAGUGCCUGGCACUAAGGCAAGCUUUUUUGAAGGAAGAACCCAAAAUGUCAAACUCCCAAAAUUUUUCUUGGCUGUCGGCCCGCCACCACCUUUGUCUUUGUCAUCGUCAUCGUCAUCGUCGUCCGGGGACGGUUUGAAGGAGACGGAGGAGGUGAAGGAAGAGGACUUGCAGAAAAUACCUUACCUCAAAGCAGUGGAGUUGGAGGGUUAUGUAGUUCCCAAGAAUGCUACUGUGAAUUUCAUGGUGGCUGAGAUGGGUUGGGACCCAAAGGUGUGGGAAAGUCCUAUGGAAUUCAGGCCUGAGAGAUUUUUAGAGGAAAAAAUGGCCGGGGACAAUAGCGAAGGUCAGCUGUUCGAUGUUACUGGGAGUAAAGAGAUAAAGAUGAUGCCAUUUGGCGCUGGGCUAAUUUGA